AUGGGAGACAAGAAUGUGAAGAAGAUAGAAAGGAAUAGAGAUGGGGUACCCUGCUGGGAUGGUGAUGCCACCACCUUUACCGAGUACUACGAGUUAGCCUGCUUGUGGGAGCAAUCGGUGCCAUACCACAAGCGGUAUCUCAGCGCACCGAAGUUGAUCAAUGAAUUGACCAACACAGCCAGGCGAUUCGUGAUGGCAAAGGAGCCAGACUGGGUAUCCUAUGAUGGUGGGGUGCAGGUUCUGCUGAACCAUUUGCGGAGCAGCCUUGGCUUGCCCCAAAUGUCAGAGAUGAGUGACUACAUGGCCAAGUGCUUCCGUUACAGCAAACGGAAGCGAGGCAAGACGAUGAACGAGUACAUCACCCACAAGACCGAGCUAUAUGCAAGGGCCAGGGCCUCAUUAGCUCGAGUCCAAGAACGAUAUGAGCCCAAACGAGAUACAUCGUCGAGCUCUAUGUCAUGGUCACACAACUCAUGGAGACGAACACCAGCUGCCUCUCAGGCUGCCAGUGUUGCACCUGACCCCGCAGCAAGCGCCGCAUCUCAGGCUGGUGACGUGGAGGAGCCAGCUGAGGAAUCGGAUGCACCAGAUGAACGACAUGAAGCAGCAGGAGAACCUGAUCCAUGGUCGAACUACGGCCACUGGACCAAUUGGCAGUACCAGGACUGGGACUACUCAGGCCGAGGAGCUUGGCAAAACUGGAAUGCAAGAGAUUGGAGUCAGGGGAAAACGCACUCCAACUUUGGCACUGGCUAUGCUUUGACAUCGGCAACAAGCCCAGAACUUCUGCCUGACUUUGUCCAAGGAUGGUUCCUGCUUCAAGAUGCAGGUCUUGACACGUCAGAGAAGAACAUGGUGAUGGCAGCCUUGAAGAACAACUUUGCGACCCAGCGCGUGGCCCAGGAAGUGGACACCAUCUUGGCCAAUGAAGCCUUGCCAGUGCUGCAGAAAGUGGAGAAGCUGUUCAAGACUUUCAGUGGCAGUGGCUUUGGGUACAAGCAGCAUGUGCUGCCCAAGGGUACACUGACUCACCCUAGCAAUAGAGGGGGGAGUAUGCUGAAUGCUGCAGAUGUCUGGGAAAAGGGCCAUCGAAUGGUCAAAGUGGGUGUCCAACCUUCACUUCUCAAUGAAGGUGCUGUGGCUUUCGAGUUGGCAACAGAGGAAGGCAUGAGAAAGAGGCAACUGGAUGCAAAUGUGGCCUUGGUCAAAGCUUCUGGUGACACCCUGGCCCCAGUGACUUUCCAGGAAAGGUUUUUGACAGUGGCAACCAGCCACACUGCUGCCUUCUGCAAAGCAGUGGAGCAAGGGUUGAAAGGACCCCUGGGGUUUCCAGUGGAUCCAAAGCAAGACCCUGGGUUGCAGCAAUUGUGCUCCAAGGGCUGGCCUUUCCUUGUUUUGAGCAACGCAGUGGAAGUGAAAUGGCCCCAGCUGCCCAGCUACAUUCAAUCAGCUUUGAAUCCAGUGAACAACUCCUACCAGCAGAUGACUGAGAUCGAAGCUGCAAGUCAAAUGUGCGAGUACUUGAACCAUGGAAUGGCCUUGAAGGAAGCUUUGCAAAAAGUGCAGGAAUGUGACCCCGCUUGCAAGAGGUCUCUGGAAGCCAUUGCAUGGUUUGUCUCCAGGUAUGCAGGAGAGAGGCAAUGCCUAGUGAAGUUCUUGGCUCACUUCAGUAAGACCUAUGGGUCACUGCUUCUGGGGGAAGAGAUGAUGAAGUCCAUUGCCUACAUGGAGUUCAAAGGCUCUACCUCCUUGUACCCUUUCCUGAGGUGGGCUUCAAUGAUGUGCAGCAACCGAUCCAGUGAUGGAUACUCUAAGCUCCUGAACAAGUCAGAUUGUGAGAAGCUGAAGAAUGCUGCUUUCAAGGCUCAAGUGGACAUGGCUGAGCAAGCUUUGGCAGAUGGCUGGGAAGUGAUCCAGAAAUCUACUGCUGAACAAGCCACCAAAUUGGCUGCCUUUGGGAGAUUGUGUACCAGACUGACUUUGCAUGUCUUGAAGAAAGAGAAGCAUGGCAGAGAACCAGCUGGACAUGAAAGCAUCAAUGCUAUUUGCACACUGUUUGCUGCUGAUUUGGCUGGUGGAGCUAAACCAAGUGUCAGAAAGGAAGAGGCCAAGCCCACUGUUGAACUGGAGGUGAAGAAUGUCUUGGCCAGUACACCUGCUGAGCUGGCACUGUUGCAAAAUCCGCACAUGAAGCAGGGCCAAUUGUACACAUGUUCAAAGGAGCAUGGAAACAAGAUUUGGACUUUCUUGAACAGCAGCGCAAGCAAAGUGAAAUUCUCUCACCAGCCAGUGUUUGGCCCAGCUGAAAGCAUUGAAGUGGAAUUUGAGAAGCUGAAGGAUGUAGCCUUCAGCAACCACCCCAACUUGGUUUGGUCAGUGAAGAAGGUGAAGAAAGGAGCAUUGAAAUUGUUCCCAGCAGGCACUGUCACCAAAGUGAAAGACACACCAGUUGGAGGCAAGCAUUACAUCAAGGCCUUUGGGCACCAUUGGCUUGUUCAGCCUUUCAAAGCUUUGACUGACUUCAAGAAGGGUGAAGGUGUUCUGGCUCCUUUCUGGUGGGUGAAAAGUGCUGACAAUGAGGGCAACAUGCAGCUGGCAGAAGCUACAGUGGAUGGUUGCAAGAUCCCUUACUUGGUGAACUGCACUCCUCUGGGCCCUGAAGAGAUGCUGGUCCUUGAGAAGCCUGAAAAUGCUUCUUCUGCUAAAAAGCAGAGCAAAGUGAAGAACCCGUCCUUGUCUAGCAGUGUUCACUUGCAGAAAAUGCUUGAGGACAGGAACACUGCAGCCAUGACAUUUUUGAAUGCCCAGGGUCAAGCUGCUGAGCCAAAAGAGAACUUGUUUGAAGAGAGUGAGGAAGUGGAAGACAAGCAGCCUGCCUCCAAGAAGAGAAAAUGUGCAGAUGCUGGUGAUUUCACUGUUGAGAUUCAAGUCCAAGAGCAGCCUGUACAAGUUCUUCUGAGAGGUGCCAGGCCUACUAGAAGUGAUUUGCUGGUUCGAAUGGAACCAGAUCAGCUAAAAGCUGUUUUGCAACUGCUUGAAGAAGAAGCUGCAGACUGCUUAGCUGCAGAUAGGAAAAUGGAUGUAGACAGCUUGGGCAAGCUACUGGUGGAGGAGAUUGAGAAGUACAAGAAGGCAAUGGGGAUUGCUGUCAAAGAGGAACAGGAUGAGGAUGCAGUGAAGGACAAGACUGACAAGGAAAUUACUGAGAUGAAAAAAGAGCCAAUGGAGAAGAGAAAAUUGCCCAUGCCUACAUGGCAAAGCAAAAAGCCCAAGAAUGAUGAUCCCAAAGAUUCACUGGCACCUCCACCACCACCUCCAACUACUACAAGGUACAUUGCAGGAGGCCAGCUGAAGGAUUUGUACGAGCAAGUGUACUCACAGUUGAAAUGGAACAACAAUGUUGCUGAGCUGAGAAGCAUCUGCCCUACUGUACCUGACUGGGAUUCUGAUGCUCAGCAUGAGUUUGACUGCGAUUGUUCAGUUUGUGUUGACUUCUAUCAAGAAUAUGCCAGGCGCAUGAGCAUCAUGCUCAUAGCAUCUUAA